AUGCCACUCGUCGUUCCUGCACUCCGUCUGUUCAUGGUUUUUGUGAAUGUGUAUGACACGUACAAGACUCUCAAAAUACCACCUGGACGCAAGGGUGGCCUCCCUAGCAUCAGGGCAAUGACUCAGAGAAAGAGGGACCUCAAGGGGUGUCUUGCAGUUUGGGUUGUUUGGUGCUGUCUUGCAGCAUAUGAGAGAACGUUUGACCGUUUUGUCAGUUUCAUCGUACCGUUUUACAGCGAAAUCAAGUCAGUUAUGCUACUGUUUCUCCUGCUGACUCGCGCCAAGGGGGCUGAACCUCUCUACUUGCAUAUUCUACGCCCACUUAUCAAACCAUAUGUGGAUACCCUGGACCCAUUGCUUGACCUAGCAAGGGACAUUGGAGAUUUUCUGUUUGCUCUCUCACAAGUUCCGCUCAAUUAUGUACUCUCC